GGAUGGCUUAAAGAAGACACACGUUCGGGAUGGUGCUGCUGUUGUGCAAUAUCUUGUCUGGUUAGAUAAGCAGAUGCAGGAAUCAAAUGGGGCUUCAGGCUACUUCUUGGAGGGGCAAAGUGCAAAUAAGAAAAAGGAUUUGGGAGCUAUAAGACUGACAGAGGUAACUGUUAGUGAUAAGCUGGAGGGUUUCCGAGCAUCCAAAGAGCAUUUUAGGGGGUUAAGUUUCCCAACAAUUUCAUCAGUCUGUCCAAAUGCAGCAAUCAUCCAUUAUUCUCCACAUGCUGAAACAUGUGCAGAGCUCAAUCCAGACAGCAUCUAUCUGUUUGAUUCUGGAGCACAGUAUCUGGAUGGAACAACUGACAUAACUCGCACGGUCCAUUUUGGGAAUCCAUCAACGCAUGAAAAAGCUAGCUACACUGCGGUUCUCAAGGGUCACAUUGCUUUGGGUAAUGCCUGUUUUCCCAAUGGAACUAAUGGUCAUGCCCUCGACAUUCUUGCUCGAAUUCCUUUAUGGAAGGAUGGUCUUGAUUAUCGACAUGGCACUGGUCAUGGUAUUGGAUCAUACCUAAAUGUACAUGAAGGACCUCAUUUAAUUAGUUUCAGACCACAUGCUCGUAAUGUGCCACUGCAAGCUUCCAUGACUGUAACGGAUGAACCUGGAUACUAUGAGGAUGGGAACUUCGGGAUAAGAUUGGAGAAUGUGCUUAUUGUCAAGGAGGCUGAUACAAAAUUCAAUUUUGGUGACAAGGGCUACUUAUCAUUCGAGCACAUAACAUGGGUAAGCACAUGCGCAUCCAUCAAAUUUCUGCAGUGAUUGUGCUUGUUCUACUUCUUUUUCACUUGUUCCUGAAUAUGCUUCAAUUCUUUCUAAUAAUCUGUUUCUUGAGGUAAGACUUUGGAAAUGAAUUCUUUGGAAAAGGAAAAAAAUAGGAAUAUAUAACUUGCCUUACCUAUGAAUCAAAAUAGUCAAGGUAACUUGAAAAGACAGGGAAUCAUUUGCCAGUCCAAGCAAGCAGACACAAAUACUGGAAAACUAAUCCAAUAUUCCAAUGAGUUAAAAUGAUCAACUGCUCAACAGAACUAAUCGAAUUUAGAGAAAUGAAAAGUAACUGUUUUGGUGAAGUUGGAACAGUAAAUCUUGAAGUGUAUGACACUGACGGUCCCAAGUUCUAACUUGAGCCUUUUACUAGCUCUUGCCUCCUUGGUUGCUCUGGAAAUAAUUUCAUAGUUUGUGUACAAAGAAAAGUUUAUGAUAAUAUUUAAUUUGGCCUUCCCCAUGGCUCAAUUAGCUUUAAAGUUGAAGGUGUGCUAUAAAUGUUGCUGUAGAUUUAACUUGUAUAUUUCCAUUUUCCUCCCUGCACAUUCGAGAUUUUUGUAUUUGUUGAAGAAAAGCCCAAUUACAAUUCAGUCUUACUAUAUCAAACAAAGAUGAUCGACUUGACCCUUCUAGGUCCUGAAGAGAUAAAUUGGCUUAACAUCUACCAUGGGAGAUGUAGGGAUAUUCUGGCCCCUUAUUUGGAUGAAUCUGAGAUGGCAUGGCUGAAUAAAGCUACUGAACCCAUAGGGGUGUGAUUCCUGUUUCUAGUAGCCAAGGACCCUCUCAAAAAAUAAGAACGUAAGAUGAAGAAAAUUGAACUUCAGCCUGUAAUUGCGCAUUAAACUUCAUAUUUAUUUUUAUUUCACAAGAGAAUAUUUUUAAGCUCCAAAAUCAGUUUGUGAUGUCCAAGUACUUAUAUAGAUUUAGUCUUUUUUAUGAUAUUAGCUAAAUUUUAUUUCC